AAGAAUGCAGCAUCAGCCCUUCCCACCAGGCACUUCCUUCCUUUUCCCGAACGUCCAGGGAGGGAGGACUGCGCGCUUAUAAACGCGGGCUGCAGCCGGCGGCAUGUCAGAGGCUGCCUGGACCGGCUGCUCGCGGCAGCCGGACGCCUCCCCGCCCCCAGCCUCCCUGCCCGGGCCGCUCUCACGGCGCCCGUUCGCAGCGCGCCCGGCAGCAUGCUCGGGGUCCUGCUCCUCGCCACGCUGGCCCCAGCCGGCCUGGGCCUCCCCGCGGCUGUGCAGCCGCAGCUUCGCGGCAGCCAGUGCGUGGAGCACGACUGCUUCGCUUUCUUCCGGGGCCCCGCGACCUUCCUCGCGGCCACCGAGGCCUGCGGCCGCCUGCAGGGCCACCUGAUGACCGUGCGCUCCUCCGUAGCGGCCGAUGUCAUCUCCCUGCUGCUGAGUGGCGACGGCGGCGGCGGCCCACGCCUCUGGAUCGGCCUGCAGCUCCUGCCCGGCUGCCGUGACCCCGGGCACCUCGGGCUCCUGCGCGGCUUCCAGUGGGUGACAGGCGACAACCACACCAGCUACAGCAGGUGGGCGCGGCCUGACCGCGACGGGACGCCCCUCUGCGGCCCGCUGUGCGUUGCCGUCUCGGCGGCCGGGGCGCCUGCGCCCAGCGAGCCGGUUUGGGAGGAGCGACCGUGCGCCGCGCAGGCCGACGGCUUCCUCUGCGAGUUCCACUUCGCGGCCUCCUGCAGACCCCUGGCCGUGGAGCCCCGCGCCGCGGCGACCCCCAGCGCCGUAAGCACCUACAAUACCCCGUUCGGGGCCCGCGGCGCGGACUUCCAGACGCUACCGGUGGGCAGCUCCGCCUUCGUGGCGCCGUUAGGCUUGGAGCUGGUGUGCGCGGCGCCUCCGGGAGCGGCAGAGGCGCGCUGGGGCCGCCAGGAACCCGGCGCUUGGGACUGCAGCGUGGAGAAUGGCGGCUGCGAGCACGCGUGCAACGGGAGCGCGGGGGCGCCCAGCUGCGUCUGCCCCGCCGACGCUGCCCUACUGGCCGACGGGCGCUCCUGCGCCGCUCCCGGAGAACACUCGUGCGACAAAAGCUGCGAGCACUUCUGCAUCCGCAGCCCGGACGUGCCCGGCAGCUACUCGUGCAUGUGCGAGACAGGCUACCAGCUGGCGAACGAUCUGCACGGAUGCGAGGACGUGGACGACUGCUUGCUGACGCCCAAUCUGUGCCCGCAGCGCUGCGUUAACACGCAGGGGGGCUUCGAGUGCCAGUGCUUCUCCAGUUACGAGCUGGUGGACGGCGAGUGCGUGGAGCCCGUAGACCCGUGCUUCCACGCCAACUGCGAGUACCAGUGCCAGCCCUUGGGACGCACCGACUACCGCUGCGUCUGCGCCGAGGGCUUCGCGCCCAGUCCCCAAGACCCUCAGAGAUGCCAGAUGUUCUGCAACCAGAGCUCGUGUCCGGCCGACUGCGACCCCAACAGCCCGGAUAGUUGCCAGUGUCCCGACGGCUACAUCCUGGACGAGGGUUCCAUGUGCACGGACAUCGACGAGUGCGCCAACGGCGACUGCCCGGACUUGUGCCGCAACCUCCCCGGCAGCUACGAGUGCCUCUGCGGGCCCGACUCGGCCCUGGCGGGCCAGGAUAGCACCGACUGUGACCCCGUCAAGGUUAGCCCCGGAGAUGAGGGCGACGGCUCUGGAGAGCCCCCGGCCAGCCCGGCUCCAGGUGCCACCUCGAGUCCCCCGACCGCAAGGCCGUUGCACUCAGGCGUGCUUAUCGGUAUCGCGAGCCUGUCCCUGGUCGUGGCGCUACUGGCGCUUCUCUGCCACCUGCACAAGAAGCGGGGCUCCUCGCGUGCAGAGUUGGAGUACAAGUGUGCAGCGCCUGCCAAGGAGUUGGGAGUGCCUAAUGUGCAAUUGGAGCGGAUACCCCAGAAACUCUGAGGGCUCGGGUAUGGCCUUUCCUAUUCCUGCUGCGCCUCAGUUUCCCCCCUCCCCUCCCCCACAGCCUUACUCCCUGGCUACGCAAAAGCACCUUAGUUUGGCGUCAGGAGUGGAGAAAACCCUUCCUCCCCUAGCUUCCUACGCUGACUCCAGGGCAUGGCGGGGGAGGACGGUGGAAAGAGGACCACGGACUUCCAGCCUCCUCCGUGACGACUGUGGUCAGAGAUGGAAAUUUGACAUUUAAGACAGACCACAGAGCGUCCCCAGGGCCUCACCACAGGGCUCCCGGCGCACUUUUUACUGAGCAGCAACCUUUUCUGCAGGCAAUGGUCCUGUGCACCAGUGACGUCAUUGGUUUGUAGAUGAUGACCAAGAUAUUUAUUUUUUUAAAAAGUACUUAGGAUUUUUUUUCCUUUUUUUCCCCAACCUGUAUGUCUGAGAUACCCAUUUUGCAUUUCUCCCUCUCUCUCUCUCUCUCCCUCUCUCUCUCUCUCUCUCUCUCUCUCUCUCUCUCUCUCUCUCUCUCUGUCUCGCUCUCUCUCUCGUCUCUCCAUUUAUAUACUCCCACUUGUCAUAUGGCAGUUGAAUUAUCUUGGUAACGUUCUUUCCAGUUCUCUGGCAUUCUUAUGAAGCCAAACCCCAUUUCCCCUUAUUUUUCCCAAUUCUCCUUUCCCAGGAAUGGGGUCAUCUCACCCCCACAGAAAAAACCCAAGGAGUUUUGUUUUGUUUUUAAACAAUGAGCCUGGGUCUUUAGUACUAUCAUUUGUUGUUUGUUCGUUUCACUUUGUCUUGAAUUGGACUGAAAAGUACUAACUGUUGAUAAGCUUAUAUGGAUUCCUUUUCCAUUGUUAUUAUAAUUAUUAAUGAUUUUUGAGACAGUCGAAACUGUUUAGAGGGUUUCUCCAGAGUGAGAGUGGAGGGCAGCUCCUCCUGGAGAACAGUUCAGAAAGUUUUGAGCUGCGUGAUUCAUGCCAGUUACCUCACUGCUCCUCUGUCACUAGGAGGCGAACUGGUUGAAAUGAAACCAGCCCUACUGGUUAAGUGGGGUUUGGAGCUUGGGGAUGGUGCCUGGAAGAUGCACCAUGUGAGCCUUGCCUUGACCAGGCCCUGGAGAAUCACUCCCCUCUCAGAGGGACCUCCUAGUGCAGGACGCAGGGUAUGUGGACUCCAGCCAAGAAGGCUGGGCCUCCUGCAGGAGCAUCUUAGAAAUGCAGAAUCCCAGGCUCCACCCUACCAACUGCAUUGGAAUCUGUAUCUUAAUAAGAUCUGCAGAGGGGUUCGCCUGCCCAGCAAAGUUGGAGGAGCACAAGGCAGCUGCCAAAUUUCUGGAAUACUUUAAAAGUGGAUCAGUAAUCAGUAGCAGGCCAAGUCGGGCCCUUUACUCGCAAGAAACUGAGGAAUUUUGUGUUUUUUGUUUGUUUUAUAGCUAUGCUCUCUGGUAGAAAAGACUAGGUACACAUCUCUAGACGUUGCUACACAGGGUGGAGGUGUUAUGGUUCAAUUAAGCUAGGACAAUGAAAUCGUGCUUUGGUGGAUGGAAAAAAAAUGUAUCAUAAUGUGCCUCUUUUGUAAUGGCAAAGGUUUGCCUCUACUAUUUUGUAAACUCAGCAUAUUUGUAAAUAGUUAUUUAUUUAUUGGAAAUAAACUAGAACACCGGCAAAACCCUUGCUUAUGACUUCACAUGUGCAAAACAAGAAAGAAAAUUACAGUGUGCUCUGGGGUCACCUGUCUAUAACUCUCCCCAUCCCCCUGAGUUUUAUGUCAUUAAAUGGGGGCCCCAGCUGCCCCACACCCCACCACCUGUGAGAUCUGACCCUGGGCACCAGCUCUGACUUUCAAAGAUCUUUCCAGCUGAGAUGUCUUCACUGUAGAAGGAUUUCAUGCUAUCUGUGUUGGCACAAAUAUGUAUUUUUCCUUCUGUAACCAUAACAACUUUGUACACAAGGAGUUUUGUGUAUGAGUUUUAAAAUAUCUUAUAGGAUUUUUUGUCACAAUGAAGUAAAGAAGCAGCCCUUCCUGGGCAUUUCUAGAA